AGCAGCAAGAAGAAAAGUUAGAAGAAAUCCCAGGGAUAGUGGCUUCUCUUCUUAGAAGAAAAGAUUCUUUUUGGAGAACCGUAGAUGAUGUUUACCAAGCCGCGGUUGGGCCUACCGCUUCUCUGCUUUCACCAAAACCGCUGAAUAUUUGA